AUGGGCACCAAGAGAGGAGCCAGGAGAGUCCCACAGGUAAACCUGCAGCUCCAGCCCCUCAGGACAGCACGAGGGACAUGCCAGGAGCCCGGCCCUGCGAUGGGGCUGAAACAGCCGGGUGUGUCGGAUACCACGGCCCCCCAGCCCAUUGUUCCCCAUCAGCUACAGUACAUGUCCAGCAAUGUAUUUUCAUUAGAAUGGAAGUUCAAAUCACAAUGGACUAAAACAGUGAUCCAAACCUCAGCUAUUAAGCAUGAAGACACUUCAGUCUUCCACACUGACACACUGGUGUUUUCUUCUUUCCUUAUUCCUAGUGAUAUUGAGCUGUUGCAUCUGAGAGGGCAUGGCUGUACUUUUGGAAAUGCAGCAAGACAUGAAGAGAGAGCUGUGAAGAGACCUUGUGUGAUACCUCUGCUCUUCUGUGAAAGCUCUCUGGUGGUGUGUUUCAGCUGUGGUUUUCAAGAACCAAAACCAUCAAAUGCUGGAAAGCAAGGGAUAGGAAUUCAGACUGCUGUAGCCCAUCAGCUCUGCCCUCAUGAAGAUGAGGGCACAAGAUGUUUUUGGGAACUGGAUCUUUAUCAUUGCAGAAUUUGCUCUGAAACACAGGGUAACUGCUGGUGUGUGUGUUUGCCUGUGAAGACCAUUGUCAUACAGAAAAAGCUGAAUGCAGAAAGAAAACAACUAGUCCUAGUGGGAUAAAAGGGACAUGGCUGUCAAUCCUAAACACAAGGAUGGCUUCUCUUUGUUGCAGGCUUUUAUUACCAAGCACCAGUUUUAUUGUACAUUGUCUGUCUUAAUUUAGUCUGCUGAAAAAAAGAGUCACCAAUGAGGAAAUGGAGUAUGAGAAGGAAAAUAAGAAAGAAGAGUUCAUGAAAAUCUCCUGAUCCCCAGUAGUCAGCUUCACAGUUCCUCACAUGAGAAGACUUGGAAAAGAGUCUGUUAAUGACAAAUACUGAAAUCCCAGAGGAUUCUUGCUAUGAAUUUUGAAACUGUGUCUCUGAAUUUGCAUUUGUGGCCUUACUAUUGGCUUAACCCAACACCUAGUGAAGCUGAUGAGACUCCUUGCUAUGAAGUCAAUGACUCAACAAGUGCACAAACCAAGCAUUUUUAUAUCAAUGUAGAGCUGAAGAUAAGAACAAUUAGAGUAGUUCCUCUGGUUUGGAAUUCCAAUAGACAGAUCUUACUUUGAAUUAAUUAAAAAACCAAAGAAGAAUCCAAGGCAGCCAGUGUUAUCUAGCCCUUUUACAAAAACUGAAUAUUAAAUUGUUUACAGUC